GCGAGAGAGAGAGAGAGAGAGCGAGAGAGCGCACAGUCGGUACAGCGCACUGAAUGGUAGAUGUGCGUUUGUUCCCCGCGAACAGGACACACCGUGGCUGCGCGGGGAAGAAAAGGAAAGAGCGCUCGGUCUUGUGCGUGAGCGCUUUUUCGUCGCGCGCGUGUCCUCUUCUCAUCCUCUCGUUGUCGCGGACACGUCGUUGACACGCUCAUGCUCGAACGGGAGUACGACUUGAGCGGACGGCGCCGUGGGAGAAACCGGAGGACCGCAGGCUGUUCACAGAGUCCAUGGAGAAAAGUUUAGGCAUGAUGCUGGAAGCGGAAGACGGAAGGAGUGGAGCUAAAGUGUUGGGAAGCCUGGCCAUGGGCGACGGGGAGUUCGCGGAUCGGAGGAUCGGGCUCGUGGACAAGAUCCCGUUGGUGAAACCCUAUUUCAAGAAGAAGCACGCGCAGAGGAAAUUAGACGCGAAGUGCCUGCGGGCGCUCGAGGACCCCAUUCUGAGCACGAUACUCGGCUCGGACGACCUGGUGGCCGGAGACGGCGUUUUCGUGCCGCGGAAUCCGCCGCCGGCGUCCGCGCAGCCGAGUCUGAUGUGCGCCGCGGCCGUGGCGGAGGAUGCGCGCGCCGACGCGACGGCGGAGGAGCUCGCGGCGGGCGAGCAGAAAGCGACAGGCGCGACGAGGGACUCCAGCGAGGCGUCUCCGCGCGACGAUGCGUCGGCGGCGGCGCGGACCUCCGCGCUCGAGGUGGCGGUGAAGGCGGCUGCGAACGGUGCCGAGCCGUCAGCCGUCGCGCGUGGAGGACACGGAGAGCUUUUCCGCGACAAGAGCGACGAGGCCUCUUUGGAUCUAGUGUUCGAGCUGCUCAUGCAGCUGCAGUAUCACACGCGCCAGGACGACGCCGUGCACAUCUGCGUGGAUUUCUUGCGCGGCGCGUGCCUGUGCGGCAGCGAGUGCGCGCGGCACCACACCGCGCUGCCGUACCACUGGCAGAUCCGGCGCGCGGACACGCGCGUGUGGCAGAGUGUAUCCGAGGACGCGCAGGAGCAGCUGGAGAGACUCUACUGCAACCCGGACAAUGACCAAGUCCGCCUUAAAUUCCUGGGUCGAGUGUUUAUGCUGGACUUCAGUGCCAUGAGGGUGUGUGACAUGGAGUUCGACCUCGUCAGACGGUUGUCCACACCUUCCAGCUUCGGAGCCGUGGACCCCGGCACAAGCCCCGCCUCCAGCACAAACCCCGCCCCCAACUAUCUCACAGUGUGGAAAUAUUACUGCAGGGAUAACUUCGGCUGGAGGGAGUACUCCGAGCCUGUGGUGCGUUUGAUAGAGGAAGCGACCGAGCGGGGGCUGAAGGAGGUGCGCUUCAUCACACUCCAGAACCAAUACAUCCUGAAUAUCCGCGAGGGCUUCCAGCAGAACGCCGUCUUCGGUUUCCGCCGCCAGAUCAAAAAACGACCCCACUUCAUGUCCUCCAUUAGACUCUCGCCCUACCUACAGACUCUCGGAGGUCUCUGCACUCUAGAAGUCGCCGGGCCGCAGCCCCUGUCGCCCACGUCCACCCAGGGACCUCGGCUUUUCCCCGAGACGUGGGUUCCCAUGAACCCUGAACAGGACUUUAUGCAGGUGCCGGUGUCGCGCGAGGACCGCAGCUACCGCACCGUCUACAACCUCUUCCACAAAACCGUGUCCGAGACCAAAUUCCGCAUCCUGAAAAUCCUCCGCGUCCAGAAUCCGUUUCUCUGGGAGAAAUAUAAGAGGAAGAAGGAGUACAUGUCGCGGCGCAUGUCGGAGACGGAGCGCCUGCUGAACGAGCGUCACCUGUUCCACGGCACCUCGCAGGAUGUUGUAGAGGGCAUCUGCAAGCACAACUUCGACCCCCGCGUGUGCGGGAAGCACGCCACCAUGUUCGGCCAGGGGAGCUACUUCGCGCGUCGGGCGGCGUACUCGCACAGCUUCGCGCGCCGCUCGCCGCGCGGCCUCCACUACAUGUUCCUAGCCAAAGUGCUGACGGGAAAGUUCACGGUGGGGAACCCGGGCAUGCGCCGGCCGCCCCCGCUGUGUCCUCGCCAGCCCGCCGGAGACCUCUUCGACUCGUGCGUGGACAACUGCGUAGACCCGCAGAUCUUCGUCAUCUUCAACGACGACCAGUGCUAUCCGUAUUUUAUCAUCCAGUACGAGGAGGUGGCCAACACCGUCGCCAUCUGAGCGCUCGGGAGGAACGCCGUUGUCGUUUCGGUUGGAAGUCGCGGACUGUACGGACCGUGUAAUCGGCAGCGUGUGCAUGCGUGAGGAAAUGACUUCCAGGCUUCCGUUCUGCACCGGCGUGCGUCCGUGUACGACUCGGACCCCGCUUUCGGUUCUACGGCACACUAGGGAUGUCGCUCGGGCUCGAUGCCGUCAUCGAAGCGUUGACUUUUUUUUGUUUUUGUUUUUGUUUGUUUGUAUGUUUAAGACUCACGCCCCUCCCCCAUCGCCGCCAUCCAUUUUCCGUAGUUCAUCGUUCGUUGUACAUAUGCUUUCCUUGUUUAUAUUUGAACUGUGUGCCUUUUGUUCAUAAAAAAUUAUUUAUGUUAGUUAACGUGACGAAUAAAGAUUGAAAGUGAAGGUG